GAGACAGUGGACAUAGGACUCGAGCCUACGAGUACUUGCCGACCCUCUUAACUCUGACCUAUGGUCUUAACACGAUAAUAAGCGAUCAGGGCAUGUUGAAUCCACUGAGAUUCAGUGUUGAAAGGCAGAGUUUGGUGUUUAGGAGCAGUUUGUGCCAGAGGUGUUCUCAGAAACAAACACCCCAUCAUCACUCAGUAAACAAAACAAUAUCCAGGAUGUCCAGUAAAUUGGUCAGUGCACACAGGACCAUACAUUCUGCAGAUAGUGUUUGGGUUGAAUUUGGCAAGCUAGCCACCCAGCACAAAGCUAUCAGCCUUGGUCAGGGAUUUCCAGACUUCUCCCCUCCAGAGUAUGUGAAACAAGCCCUCUGUGAUGCCACCAUGAGCAGCAAUGUUCUGCUGAACCAGUACACCAGGAGCUUUGGUCACCCUAGGCUGGUUCAGGCAAUCUCCAAGAUGUUCUCCCCACUCCACGGUCGGACCAUUGACCCAAUGAAUGAGAUAAUCGUCACAGUUGGUGCCUAUGGGGCUCUGUACUGUACCAUCAUGGGGUUGAUCAACCCUGGGGAUGAGGUGAUCAUUAUUGAGCCAUUCUUUGACUGUUAUGAGCCUAUGGUAAGGCUUGCAGAGGGGGUACCAGUGUUUAUACCACUUAGAGCAGAGAAAGCAAAGUUAGUGUCAUCCAGUGCAGAUUGGAAACUAGACCCAGAAGAACUAGCCAGCAAGUUUAACACUAAAACUAAAGCAAUAAUUAUCAAUACUCCACAUAACCCAACUGGCAAAGUUUUUUCCAGGGCAGAGUUGGAGGUGAUAGCAGACCUGUGUAAACAGCAUGAUGUGAUGGUGAUAUCGGAUGAAGUGUACGAGUGGAUUACUUUCCAAGGGGAGGAACAUGUUAGAAUAGCCACCCUACCAGACAUGUGGGAGCGUACCAUCAGUAUCAGCAGUGCUGGGAAGACGUUCAGUGUGACUGGCUGGAAGCUGGGCUGGUGUAUAGGACCUUCACACCUGAUAGAGGGCGCUCAGAGGAUUCACCAGAACUGUAACUACACCUGCCCCACUCCACUACAGGAAGCAGUGGCUGUUGGCAUGGAAACAGAAGUAACCAGACUCGGUCAGGCAGAGAGCUACUUCAAACAACUUAGUGAUGACCUGGAGAGAAAACGUGACAUUCUUGCCAAAGAUCUUCAGGAGGUCGGGUUCGUUCCUGUCAUUCCCCAAGGAGGGUACUUCAUGAUGGCCGACUUUUCGCAUUUAAAUGUCAGUUUUGAUGACAGUAACAGUCCCGACACCACAGAGGAUGUCAAGUUCUGCAAAUGGAUGACUGUCAAUAAGAAGCUGUCUGCUAUCCCACCAAGUGUUUUCUACCACAAAGGUCACAAACAUUUAGGAGCCAAAUAUCUACGUUUCUGCUUUAUCAAGGAGGACAGCACACUGGAAAGAGCAGCAGACAUAUUGACAGAAUGGAAGAAAUCCUUAUAACGGGAAGAAAUGGGUGACAGAUAAAAAAUAGAUAUAAUAUCUAAACGAAUACAAAUAUUUAAUUCAAAUAUUAAUGCUAAUCAUUAGGCAUGCAGUGUUAGAUAUAUUUCAUAUCUGAUUAGUAUAUCAAACACAACUGGUUUUUACAAGUCUUUGAACAGGAAUACGAACUAGCUAAUAAAAAUCUAAUUCCACAGAAUGACGUUUAUGUUAUAAUAAGGGAAUGAAAAUGAAAGUAAUGAAGGCAUAAU